AUGCAAAUACUCUGCUUAACGGCACUGUUACUCUUCGCCAUUACCUCCACCGUCAACUCAUGCCUUCCAUCGGAACUAGCCGCACUACAAUCCUUCAAGUCAUCACUCCGUGAACCUAACGUCGGUUUAUUCAACUCAUGGACCGGAACCGACUGCUGCCACAACUGGUUCGGCGUCUCCUGCGACGAAAACACUCGUCGCGUCGCCGACAUUAACCUCCCCGCCGGUACUCUCUACACAACCUUCGAAAAAGCACACCGUCCUGGUUACAUGACCGGUUCCAUCUCCCCGGAAAUUUGCAAACUAACUCAAAUCUCCAGCAUUACCAUCACCGAUUGGAAGGGUAUCUCCGGCGAGAUCCCCACUUGCAUUACCUCACUCUCCUUCCUUCGAAUCAUCGACCUCGCCGGAAACCGUUUCUCCGGAAACAUCCCAAACGACAUCGGAAAACUCAUCCAUCUCAACCGAUUAAGCCUCGCUGACAACUUAUUCAGCGGCGGAAUCCCAAGUUCGUUGAUCAGUCUAACCAGUUUGACUCAGCUUGACAUCCGUAAUAACCGGGUCUCUGGAUUCAUCCCAACCGGCUUCGGUAAACUUCAGAAUUUGAACCAGGCUUUAUUAAGCGGUAAUCAGUUUUACGGGCCUAUCCCUGGCACAAUUUCUCAGAUCAACCGUCUUUCAGAUCUCGAUCUAUCUCAAAACCGGUUAACCGGGCCUAUUCCGGAGUCAUUGGGCUUAAUGUCUACACUAGGGACACUAAAGCUUGAUACAAACAAGCUCUCCGGAACGAUUCCGAAGAGUCUUUUGAGUUCAGGAAUCAGUGACUUGAAUUUGAGUCAUAACAUGUUGGAGGGAAAUAUACCUGAUUUUGGUGCUAGGGCUUAUUUUACUUCAUUAGAUUUCUCCUAUAAUAACCUUAAGAGUGCUAUACCUGAAUCUAUAGCUUCGGCUUCUUACAUUGGUUACAUGGAUUUGAGCCAUAACCAUCUCUGUGGUCCAAUUCCUAACGCUAUAGAUUAUUUUGAAGCAUCGUCGUUUGAGUACAAUGCGUGCCUUUGUGGAAAGCCACUCAAUGCCUGCAAACUUAAUUAA